AUGGCGCGUCGCCUGGCGCUGCUCGCGCUGCUGGCGUGCGCGGCCGCCGCGCGCCGCCCGCCGCGACACUCCGCUGACAUAUCCGACUCCGAACCCCUCGACCCCUUCUCCCUCUGGGACGAGUACGAGGAAUCCUUCGAAACCACCACUUCCCCGCGACCCACCACCUCUAAACCUAGUGCCAAAGUUAUCAUAAGGGGCAAGGGACCCAAAGUGAACGUCACAGUGAAAAGUCCUCAUGAGGAUGGCAAGAAAAAAAUUAUCAAAACCACAAACAUUAAUAUAGAGAGUCAUACAAACUUUAUUGUGACCAGAAGACCGUUAGUAAAUAGCAAUUCAGUGACGAAAGGUUCUCAGCGACCUGUUCUAAGUAUCGGUGGAGAUUAUUUGUGGCUAGAUGCUGAAAAUGUGGAGCAAGCGACGAGAUCGACCACUAGGAAACCGCAGCCGGUGCGCCGCCCGCCUGCGAGCCGGCCCACGACGCGCCGCCCGCCCUCCAGCCAGCGACCGACGCGCCGCCCGCAGCCGCCGCGGCGUCAGUCGACCACGCGAAAACCGACAACAAGACCUAUACGAAAAACAGCAAAACCCACAAAGGCACCUAAUAAAAAGACGACUACUUGUUCUCCUAAAAAUCCAGGAUGGCUCUCUACAUUUUUUCAAGAGAAUAAAUUAAAAAAAACACCGAAAAAACCAGUGAAUUCAGGUUGGUUUUUAGGAUUUUUCUCCCGGAUUUAUAACUGGAUAUCAAAAAGCAACUGGUUCGGUGCAGGCGGGUGGUUCGAGGACACGGAGCCGAAGGUGACCACCUCGACCACCACCACCACAGUGGCUCCUCUGACGGCGGCGACGAGCAACUGGUUUCAAAGUCUACUCGAUUCAGAGGAGAGCGAUGGUAUCAUAACCAGUGGAAUAACAAAGAAAACAAACAAAAAGUCCCUAAAGAAGAACUAUAAAGGGUACCAGUUGCUGAGAACAUAUCCUGACCUGCAGUGGAAAGUCAAUGAACUGUUGGACCUACAAGAAGAGGCUCAAGGCUCAGGGUUGAUGUGGUGGACCUCGCCAUCACUCAAUGGUUCCACAGACCUGCUAGUCCCCCCAGAUUUGCUAAGUGAUGUUAAAGACCACUUGAAAAGUUCUAAAAUUGAUUUUGAUGUUGUCAUAUGGGACUUACAGAAAGCCAUAACGUAUGAGAACCCACGGUUGUCAAAGAAGCAAAGAUUGGAAUUAGAGCAACUGCGUGGCCACCCGAUGACCUGGAGGAGGUACCACCGUUACGCAGACAUUCUUCGCUAUUUGGAAUAUCUGCAACAUUCCCAUGCCGAUUUAGUCGAAUUAGUACCUUUGGGUCGAUCUUCAGAAGGUCUACCAUUAGUGGCUGUAAAGAUAUCGUUACCUAGUAAUGACAGCUAUACUAAAGACUCCAACAACAAAGAUUACAAGAAGAAAUGGAAGCUGCGUUCGCGCAUGAAGCCUGCGGUGUGGCUGGAUGGCGGGACGCAUGCGCGAGAGUGGAUUGCUCCCGCUGUCGCCACCUGGAUUUUACAUGCACUCAUCGAGGGUGAAAAGGGUUUAGGGGCCGAGUACGAGGUUCUGAAGCAGGCAGACUUCUACAUCAUGCCUGUGUUGAACCCAGACGGCUAUGAGCAUACGCACACACACGACCGCUUAUGGAGGAAGACGCGUUCGCGACUGCCCGAUCACUCCGACGACUACUAUGUAGGCUGGUUUCCAUGGAACUGGGGCCGCACAGAGUGCGUGGGUGUGGACGCUGACCGCAACUGGGACUACCACUGGGGCGAGAAGGAUGCCUCGCGGGACCCCUGUGCGGAUAACUACGCUGGCCCACACCCCUUCAGCGAGCCUGAAACGCGCGCCGUGUCCGAGUUCCUGGCGGAACACAGAGACCUUAUAAAGGUAUUCAUUACUCUGCAUGCGUACUCUCAGUCCUGGCUGGUGCCGAGCACGCACGCGCACGCGCCAUUCGCCGACGACGGAGUCCUCAUGGAGAUGGGCAAGCUGGCCACCAUCGCACUGGCAGACCUGUACGGCACUAAAUACCAGAUUGGUACAGCUUCUGAAAUACGGCAACCUGCUUCCGGAAUGGCGCAUGAUUGGGCAAAAGCACGUGCUGGAAUCAAGUUUUCCUAUCACGUCGAUCUCAGAGACUCGUAUGGGCCUUACGGAUUUUUGCUGCCGGGAGCUCAAAUAGUGUCAACUGCCCGUGAAACCUGGCAGGCGGUUAAAGCUAUCGUAGAUAAUUUAUCUCCGUCGUAAAUAAAAUAAAGCAAAACGAGAAAGUAUAAUUUUGUAGGCUCAGAAUUACUUACCUCUCUUGGCUAACACACAUGGACUACGAAAAAAAGGAGGUUUUAAAAUACGUAUUAAUCUUUACGUUAAGAGAAAGAACUAAUUUAAUAAUCUCAAACCUAAUAAGAAAAAAAUCCUAGAGACGAAUUAACUUGAUAAGAAAACAAAAGAUUUUUAUCAUUUGAAUUUGAUUUAAUAAAAAUAGAAAACAAUUCGACCUAAUACGACGUAGACCUACUUACCUUCGUUAGUACUACGGCAACUACGACUACCUUCAUUAUUUUAUUAUGCACUAACUCUUGCGAGUUUAUGACAGCUUAGGCAUAGCUAAUUUAUUACGAGAAUAACUAUAUCCAAUUAGUUGAGAAACAAACAACGGAUUUGGAGUCGUGGUGGUUAUAACGGUGAAACUAGGUAAAUUACAUGAAUAGGCUGUAGAGAAAAUGAAGCAGUCAGCAGUUAAUUGCUAUGGAAAACUUAGCUAAUAAAUGUUUGUGAUUGUUGGGAACAAUCAUAGUGAGACCUUCUUAGUUUAUUUAUUAAUGGAAUGGACACAGGACCUACAACCCAUUCGAGUUAACUGCGCAUCUCGCAGCCGUGACGUCACUUCGAAGUUCUGGUAUGGGACGAACGUGGGGAGGUGUUCGGGUGAGUUCGAGGGAGAGUCGCAUUCCAGCGAGGUGCGCAGUUAACUCGACCGGUUGUACAUUACUAUACAUACUUAUAUACUUCACAAACAACAUUUGGUUAUGUAGAAGUCACAUUAAUUACUUGAUUUUUGUAAUAAAUAAAAUAAAUAAAUUAAAAGUGUU